AUGGGUGAUGACCCGUGGCAGAAUUCAGAAGAGCUUGCAUUUAUACCUGAACAAGUUGAGCCAAUGCUAACUAAUGUACUGGCAGCGGUGCUGGCCAAUGAAGUCUACGAGGACGCAAAGGUGCCCGUGUGGAUAGAUUCCAUCUGCGAGAAAUCUAUGGAAUCACUCGCGAAAUUGAGCAAGCCUUUUAAAUACAUAGUUACAUGUCUCAUCAUACAAAAGAACGGCGCUGGAAUACACAGCGCACAAUCCUGCUUUUGGGACGUCAGGUAG